AUGCAGAGUGAAAUUAUGUCGCAUUUCAAUGGGCUCUUCCACGGCAAAAACAGACGCAAGGAUAAAGGAUUAUCCCACGCUUCCAGCAUGGAUAACUUAUCCAUCAAUGGAUUACUGGGUGAGAAAUUUCGUCGUAAAUCUGAGGCGGUGCUUGAGGUGGAGAGGAAGAGCAAGAAUAAACUCAACUCGACCAACUGGAACAGCGGGCUAAACCUGCUUCGUCAGGCAAAGAUGGACAUAAAACUGAACCUGAAGAAGCUGAGCGGGGCAAAUGACAGCCCGCCGGCACUUCCUGUCCGGCACUUUAUGCCGGACACGGCUGAGGAGCUGCCACCACCCAUACCGGAGCGGAAAAAUUCUCUGGACCUUAUUCUGGACAAUGACUUCCAGAGCCGCUUCACCUUCAAGCCCAUCUCCACGGUGCCACUGCCAGAGGAGUUCACGGGCUGUAAGAAGAUCUACCCCAGCAAGACCCCACGUCGUCACGCAAUCCGCCCCCCAACUCAACCCCCACCCCCGCCACCCCCACCUGCAGACGACACGCCCACAUUCCACCUGUACCGCGCCGAGUCCUGGGACUCACGCUACGACUUUGAAGACGACGAGGACGAGUUCCCUUUAGCUCCGCCCCCGCCAGCCAAAGACGCGCGAAGAGCGAGCGUCGACAGCAGACGUGAAGACCCCUCGCCAUCGAAUGUUCCAGACUCAAGACAAAAACUACUCACCAUUUCUCCGCCCCUGCCGCUACCUCCUCGGCCACCAGCCAAACCGAAACCAGUCCUGAAAAGUUUUUCGCCGCCAUCGGCCGAGAAACUCAAGUUGCCAGAUAAACCUUCUAAAACAAACGCCAAAAAACAAAACCAAAUACCUAAGCCAUUAGUUCUAAAGACAACAAAAUCAGAACCGAAUUUAGAUUUAAAUUCACCAACAUCCCCACCUCCCCUCCCCGCACGACCAGAACACCUGAUGAAGCAGACGACUACGCAGAGUUACCCAAAACUGCCCCUCAAACCCAAAAACGGCAGGCCUGUUCCCCCUGCCCAGAUGAGACGUAGCCAACAAUCACAGCCUGACCCGCGGGCUAAGGGCCAGCCUGACCCUCGGGCUAAGGGCAAGCCGGCCAACAGGAACAGGCCACUGCCGUCUGUUCCCAGACCGACGUCACAAAAUGGCGCUGGCAGACCGAAGAACGGGUGGGCGGGGCAGGAGUAUGAUCCACGGGAAGAGGAAGGCGAUUUGUAUGACGUCAUGGACAGCACACAGAUGUGA